GGCCUGCCCACUCCUGGGCGGCUGUCUCCUCCGCUAACCCCUACAUGACGUCAGCGGGUGUACAGCUGCGACUAUGACCGGGUGACGGCGCCCCUGACUAUGGGUGGUGUAUACGAUGGGCGUUAUAUAAUCUGCGCCGAUACAGUGAAUAAUGGAGGUGCUUUGUAACAGCGAUCAUGUACUCGCCUACAAUGGUCAAAUGGUGACGUUUCAUCUACUGCGCAGAAAAAAUAUCGCAGACCCUGCCAAAAAAAAUGUUCUCACCUUCUCAAGGAAGGCGUUUAAUGCUGAGACUGGACAGUUCAUUGAAAUCUCUGGUGGCGAGUACAUCAUCCAAUCUAGUAAGUCCACCCUGGAACUUGUUCGCGUUCGCUGUGUGGCUGACGCCAGGACCGGCAUUAAGCUUCCAUGCGUUCUGCUGAGGACUUGUAAGAGGAAAUCCGGUGAUUCAUGGCGGCUGAUUUCGCUGCUGCUCCACCCAUCAAAUGAACUGGAAACCUGUCUGAAGUUCAAAGUGGACUCGGAAACCAUAGAAGAUCUAUACAUCACUGAUGGUCCGACCAUUCUGUGGAGACAGCAGGAAAAACUCCAUCAUGUUUCAUCUUUGACUUCAGAAGUUUUUACGGCUCCGAUCGAUAUUUCCGCUGUUCUUUGGGCUGGGACGACUGAAGAAGGAACUUGUAUUUUGGGUGUAACAACCGUGAGAUUGGACGGCGGGCGUUUAACAGGCUCUUCUCUUCCUAAUAGAAGUCUUCAAGGAAAGGAGUUUGUUUUGUACUGCAUCGAAAAUCAGACCGCCGUGCCAGGAUCUUGUCUUGCUCCUCAUGCAUACUCAAGUGUGCUGCGCUGCCUUGAAGUUUGUACCAUGCAAAAUGUUAAUGGCAGAUAUGAGACUUCAGCAAUAGCAGCCAGCAGUAAGCAAUUGAUCUGCUUCCAUAAUGGAGUCCCUAAGCAGGUUUGCCAGCUGCCGUCUGAAAACCUUUCAAAACUACAGCUUGCAUCCACAAGCCGGGCAGACAUAUUAUGUGUUCUCUCCUUCUCUUCCGGGGAUGCAUGUGGGAUAUGGAAAGAUGGAUGGAAGACAGCCGCCACCUGGCAACAUGUCCGCAAUAUACUGGUGGACGAUUUUGUGGGCCGUGGCUCUGAUCAAGUUCUCUUGCUGUUCCAUGAUGAUCCAAGCAACUCCUCCAAACACGGACCAUUCAGACUGACUGACUGUGGAGACAUCAAUUACCCAGUUGACCACAUGGAUGAUGAUCCCGUUGGGUUUCAGGAGAAUCGCCUUCUGAUGUUACAGACCCUGGAAGCCAGAUUGCAGGCAAAUUUACUUUCACUUGAAGAACUGCAGCGCCACAUGCAGGUCCAAGAUCGAGUGAUUGAAUCAUCAUGCAAUGCGCUAAUGGACAUGUCUCUGGGCAGGGAGGCGUCUGUUCGCUCUGCUGAAAAGGAAGGCCUGGUGUCUCUAUGGGACGAUGUAGAGAAUUGCCAUUUUCCUCCUGCUACAAAUGAUCCUCCACCUGUCGACUCUGAACAACUUGUUGAGACAAUAUGGCAGCGUGUAGUUGAUGAUUUACUAGUGGUUGGUGUGAAGCUGAAACCUUCAGUUCCAGAAACGCUGCGUGACAUUGGCUUAUCCCUUAUAAUGGAUGAGAAAGGAGCUUCACCCUCCCCAGUUACCAAGUGUCAGACUAAUGUGCUAAAAUUGGCCAUCGGUUCUUCCCAAGAUUCAAGUUCCACCUGCCACGCAGCGAAGAGACAAAGGCUCGACUACCCCGGCAAGGACAAUUGUUCAGGGAAUCGCUCGCAGAGACCCUGCCCUUCGUCCUAUCAAAAUGAUUUGGAGCACACAGUUACUGCUGUCACCGAGCUGUCUUCGAUGUUGGCAUUUAAUAACACCGCAUGUGCGUUACUGCUGCACGCCAGGAGGAAAACUCAAGCUGACUGUUUACUUAGAAGUGAGAAGCUGAUUGUACCAUGUGGGAGCAUUUCCUUGAGCCUUGAAGAUGUUUUAAAAGGAAAACAUACAAUAAAUGUAUUUGAACACUGUCAAGGAUCUUGGAGUCUGGAAGAUAUUUUCGCAGUCCUGUCAGCAUUUCAGAAAUGUUCCCUCCAUCUCUUAUCACAAGAUUUCACAUUAACAUCAGUAACGGAAUGGAUGAGGACACAUAUGCUUGGAGAGCCCCUGAAGCUCAUACCUGAAAUUUUGGUGUGUAAGAAAGAUGGAUCCAUUUAUGGGACUCUCCUAACUUGGGAUCCCAAGACACCGUGUGAGGGAAAUCUCACUGUGUUUUACAGAAACGAUUCGGUUCUUCUCCAGUGUCUCCACAGCCUGAAAUGCCUUCUCCCGCCAACCUGUGUGGUAAAUGUGAUGAGACAGGGUGACCGGAAUAGUAUGGCCAUGAACCUGGCGCAGUCGCUGGAAGAAGAGCUGUUCGCCUUAAGAGACUUGGCAUCAACGGCAGCAAGUGAAGUCGAAAUGGAUUUGACCCUGAACUGCGAGGCAGGGAAAAAAGUCACCAGUGCGACUGACUGCACGUCAGAUACAAGGGAACAGGUAAAAAAGUAUAGAGCGGAUCUGAGAGCGGAGCAGGCGCAGAUCAGGCUGGGCACACACUUAUCUACCAGCGGUGACACAUAUAGGCGCCACGUGCACAGUGUAGCACAGAUACAAAUGACAUCUGAUGCGUUUGUGUGUAAAGUAGCUAAUAAAUGACCAGGGUUCAUGUGUGA